CCCGGAGAGGAGGAAGGAGCACGAUGUCCGAGCAACUUCACAGCAUCAACUUGCAGAAUUUCAGCAAGUCGCUGCUGGAGACGCUCAACGCCCAGCGGCUGGGGGGACACUUCUGCGACGUGACGGUGCGGAUCCACAGCACGGCGCUGCGUGCCCACCGCUGCGUCCUGGCAGCUGCCAGCCCCUUCUUCCACGACAAGCUCCUGCUGGGCUACAGCGAGAUCGAGGUGCCGCCACUGGUGUCGGCGCAGACCUUGCGGCGCCUGGUGGACUUCAUGUACAGCGGCUCGCUCAUGGUGUCCCAUGUGGAGGCACUGCAGAUCCUGACGGCGGCCAGCGUGCUCCAGAUCAAGACCAUCAUCGACGAGUGCACCAGGAUCAUCUCUCAGAACGCCGCGCAGAAGAACCAGGGUCAGCUCCUCCAGCCGUUGGCCAACCAGAAGUUCGACCUCUCGGACGACAGGGAGGCCAAUAUCUGCCAGACCGUCAGCGAGCAGUUGCACAAGCUUCCUUUCGGGUUAAUCGAGGCCGCGUUGUCGCCCCACACGGCCGAAAAAGAGAUCGAUUUUACCCGUGGGACAGCCAAGAAUCUGCCUGGUGGUGAGCUUGCCUAUAAAGCAGAGGACAUGAGCCCUUCCCUGUGCAGGCAGCCUGGGCAUAACAAGGCAGCUGGAGAUCAUCCUGACCAAGAGAGUGUGGGUCUGAUGGAGGGGGGCCGGGGCGGGGACAGCCGGCCCCUAUGGUACAACGUCGCUGCCAAUCAACGGGGUGAGACUUCACUCUACGGGCAGGGCGGGCACAGCAGAAAGCAGCGACAGCCAAUCCGCCUGCUGAUGUCGGAUGGCAGUCAAGUGACCAUCAAGGAGGAGGACGAUGACCUUCUAUACUGUGGGGAGAGUGCCGCCGUGGCCCCGGCUUCCGAUCAGCCCAACGAGCCAGUCGAGCAUGAGGAGAGAGCCGAGGAAAUGCCCGAGACCAGCACCUUCGACCCCAGCCAGAGCACAGGGGGGGAGAGGAGGGACUCUGGGGGUGCCCUGACAUUGAGCAGCCGAGGAGAGGAGAUGGAGUUUUUCAAUGCCAGCGAUCUCCUGCCGGAGGAACUCAAGUCUUUCUGGCAGGGCACCGACAAAGAGGACAAAGACCCUUCGUUACAGCACAACCGUAAAGUGGACGCCAAGUUGCACAUGGAUACCUUUUCCCGGCCGUCGACAUUUAUGCAGGACUUUCUCCCCACGCCUGCUCUCCAUCCUGGAGGGCCAGCCAGCCAGCGCCCCCACGGCUGCUCCCUGCAGUACGAUCUCCAGGCUGAUGCUGGGGCCCCAGGCCUCUCUGGCAACCGUAACCUGUUCCAGAUGAGUGUGCCACACUCCCCCCACAGCGUGCACCUGCCAGCCUUGCCCUCCACCUCGCAGAGUUGCGUCUCCAGCCUCCCGGCUCAGGGGCAGCCCCAGAACCCGCAGGCAUUCCAGGACCAGGCAGGGUCAGGCCCUCCUCAGCCCGGCCAGGGUCCCAACGAGGCUGAGCGUAAGCCCUACGGAUGCGCCCAGUGUGGGAAGACAUUCAGCUCCAGACAGAAUUACGCGAAGCACAUGUUCGUCCACACUGGUGAGAAACCCCAUCAGUGCAGUGUGUGUUGGCGUUCGUUCUCGCUGAGGGACUACUUGAUAAAGCACAUGGUCACGCACACGGGGGUGCGGGCGUAUCAGUGCCCCGUGUGCAACAAACGCUUCACGCAGAAGAGUUCCCUUAACGUACACAUGCGGCUGCACCGCGGGGAGAAGGCCUUCGAGUGUCACGUCUGCAACAAGCGCUUUUCCCACAAGACUCUGCUGGAGAGGCACAUGGCCACGCACAUCAUUUAACUUUGGCUAGGCCAAGCCAAGCCACGCCAAGCCCACCCGGGAGAAAUCAGAGACACCCAUUCAAGCAACCUGGAGUGCACGUAGCGUAGUGGUUAGAGCGCUCGCCUCGCAAGCGAGAGGACCUGGGUUCG